UAUAAAUAUUGGAGACAACACAUACUUGAUAUAAGUUUAACAUUUACAAUUAAUUGUUAAGGUUAUUGAACCGUAACAAAACACCAAGCGUUGACAUAUGUGCACAUCGUGAGAUACGAUUUUCAUAAAUACUGAGAAAUAAUGCCGUGUCGACGGUAUGAAAAAGUUAAAUUAUGAUACGAAUAGCUAUUGCUAUAUUGUGCUUCACAACUACGGUAAGGACAAAACGACAACCAAAUAUUCUGUUCAUAAUAGCCGACGAUUAUGGAUAUAAUGACAUUGGGUAUCAUGGAUCAGAAAUUAAGACACCAGUUCUAGAUAGGCUGGCAGGAGAUGGUGUAAAACUAGAGAAUUACUAUGUCCAGCCGAUAUGUUCACCUUCAAGGUCACAAUUAAUGACCGGUAGAUACCAGAUACAUACAGGAAUACAACACGGCAUAUUUUGGCCAUUGCAGCCAAACGGCCUUCCACUACAAGAUCCAACCUUGGCAGAUAAAUUUAGAGAAGCAGGCUAUUCCACUCAUGCUGUAGGUAAAUGGCAUCUUGGAUUCUUCAAAGAGGAAUAUUUACCAACAAACAGAGGAUUUGACACAUUUUUCGGUAUUCUUAAUGGAAAAGCCGAUCAUUACCAGUACAAUGACUCGGCAAUGGGAAUAAAUGGACUGGAUCUAAGGGAUGGAAUUCAGAGAGUAAAUAAUGAAUAUAGAGGACAAUAUUCUACUAAUUUGUACACGAAGAAAGCUGUCGAAAUUGUAGAAAAACAUGAUUCAGAAAAACCGUUAUUUAUGUACCUGUCAUAUCAAGCAGUUCAUUUACCAUUACAAGUUCCAGACAAGUAUCUGAGACAGUACGGACAUAUCAAAGAUAUGGACAGAAAAAUCUAUGCAGGUAUGACAUCGGCAAUGGACGAGGGAAUAGGCGAUGUUGUGAUGUCUUUCCAGUCCAAAGGGUUAUGGCAAGACACAUUGGUGGUCUUCACAACAGACAAUGGAGGACAAGUGUUGUACGGUGGAGAUAACUGGCCAUUAAGGGGAUGGAAAGGUUCCCUGUGGGAAGGAGGUGUCAAAGCUGUUGGAUUUGUUCAUGGUCAAAUGAUACAAAAGAAAGGCGCCAUUUCAAAAGAACUAAUCCAUAUUUCUGAUUGGUUUCCAACUUUAAUUAAUCUCGCAAAUGGAUCAUUGAAAAGAACGAAUCCGCUUGACGGUGUGGACCAGUGGAGAACAAUAAGUUACGGUGAACAAAGUCAACGAAAGACUAUUCUACACAACAUUGAUCCAUUAUUUUCCCAUGCUGGAGAACGAAAAUCUGAUAAUCAGUUCGAUACCAGAGAAAGAGCAGCACUUCGACAUAAUGAAUGGAAAAUUAUUACAGGCGAUCCAGGAAAUGGAUCGUGGAUUUAUACUUCAAUUCGAGGACGGAACCAGAAUAAACUAUAUGCAAGGCCAAAUGAUAAAAACGUUUGGCUUUUUAACAUUGAGAAUGACCCAUAUGAAAAGCAUGACUUAUCUACCAAAAGACCAGAGGUUGUGAGAGAUUUACUUGAGAUGUUGGCAAAAUUCGCAUUGACUUCGGUACCUUGCUUUUAUCCUGAAAAUGACUUCAUGGCCGAUCCGAAAUACCAUGAGGGAUAUUGGGGUCCCUGGAUUCAAAGUCAAGAGAUCACGGAAGAACUUAAACUUCCUUCUAACACGAAGAUAUUUAGAUAUUCAUUUCUGUCGAUUUUUAUUCUUGUGCUAUAUUGUCUUUAUUAUCGAUAUAAGAAAAAGCGUUCACACAAAUUAAAUCCACAUUAGAUAUGAAAAAGGUCGAAACGGAGUAUUUGUGUGAGAGAGAAAUGAGAAAAUGUAAUAAAAAAUGUUUGAAAUAUUUUGGAAAAUGUGUGCGAAAGUUUGAUUUUCAUGUGCGGGAACUAUAGUUUUUAAGGUUCGAAUGAAUGUAAACAACUUCAACGUAUAAAUAAAGUUUUAAACCAUUAAAACAAACUUAUAAAAAGA